CGUAAAGUGAACACGUAUUGCAGGGUAGAUAGGCCACGAUUCAGAAUUAAUUUUCAUUUGUCUUCAAUAUAGGAAAAAAAUCAUUCAAGUGUUUGUCGUGAUUAAACUAUUUGUUAAGUGCAUAUAAAUACGUGUCUUUCUCUGUUACUCCAACGGAAGUUAAAAUGAUUCGGCUGGGACAAAUUGUAAUCAGAAAUAGCCAAAAGGUUAAAGCCAUCGAGCUUCGAAGAUGCCUUUCCGCGGCUCCACAAGCCAAACACAAUGAAAGUCAACCAGCCGCCAACGAAAAAAAGCAAAACAUGUCCUUCCUAACCAACAUUUUCCUGGGUGAAGUACAACCAGCUCAGGUUUUCCCCUUUCCCGAGGUACUUAACGGUGAACAGAAGGAGUAUAUUGCGGCAUUCGUCGAUCCGGUCACCAAAUUUUUCGAGGAAGUGAAUGAUCCCGUUAAAAACGAUACGAAUGCUAAAAUUGACGAAAAAACUGCCGAAGCUCUCUGGGAACUGGGAGCUUUCUCACUGCAGGUCCCCCCGGAGUAUGGCGGCUUGGGUUUAAACAACACGCAAUAUUCUCGCAUGUGCGACAUUAUCGGUGGUCAAGAUUUGGGUCUAGGAAUCUUCAUAGGUGCCCAUCAAAGUAUUGGAUUUAAAGGAAUACUUUUGUACGGAACAAAGGAACAGAAGGAAAAAUACCUGCCCCAGGUUUCCACCGGAAAGAAAUAUGCUGCUUUUGCUCUGACUGAGCCAAGCUCUGGUUCGGAUGCGGGUUCUAUCCGCUGUCGGGCUGUGAAAACGCCGGACGGUAAACAUUACAUCCUCAACGGAUCGAAGAUUUGGAUUUCGAACGGUGGAAUUGCAGAAAUCAUGACCGUUUUUGCGCAAACGGAAAUCGAGGACCCAAAAACGGGCCAAAAGAAGGACAAGGUGACGGCUUUCAUCGUAGAGCGCGGAUUUGGUGGGGUCAGCAGUGGUCCACCGGAAAACAAAAUGGGUAUCAAGUGUUCCAACACGGCGGAAGUCUAUUUCGAAGAUUGUAAAAUUCCCAUUGAAAAUGUGUUGGGAAAGGAAGGAGACGGUUUUAAGGUUGCUAUGAACAUUCUAAACAAUGGUCGUUUCGGAAUGGGUGCUACUCUUUCCGGUACAAUGCGUGCCUGCAUUCAGAAGGCAACGGAGCAUGCGACUAAUCGAGUUCAAUUUGGACGCAAGUUAGAAACAUUCGGCGGAAUCCAAGAAAAACUGUCUCGCAUGGCGAUGCACCACUAUGCGACUCAAUCAAUGGCCUACAUGGUUUCUGGAAACAUGGACUCCGGUUCGGUUGAUUACCAUUUGGAAGCCGCUAUUUCCAAGGUUUUCGCUUCCGAGUCAGCCUGGUAUGUUUGCGACGAAGCUAUUCAAAUUCUCGGUGGAAUGGGCUUCAUGAAGGAUGCCGGUUUGGAGCGCGUCAUGAGAGAUUUGAGAAUUUUCAGAAUCUUUGAAGGAACUAACGAUAUUCUGAGGCUGUUUGUAGCGUUGACUGGUAUUCAGUAUGCCGGUUCGCAUUUAAAAGAGCUGCAGCGAGCUUUUAAGAAUCCGGCCGCCAACCUAGGUUUGAUUUUCAAGGAAGGCUCGAGAAGAGCAAUUCGUAGUAUCGGUAUCGGUGGUACCGAUCUAACGCCAUUUGUGCCAAACGAAUUGAAGGAUGCUGCUAAACAAUGUUCGGAGAGCAUUGACUUGUUUGGACAAGCGGUAGAAACUCUCUUGAUCAAGCAUGGUAAAGGCAUUGUAGAGGAGCAGUAUUUGCUGAAUCGGCUGGCCGAUGCCGCUAUCGACAUUUACGCGAUGGCUGCUGUUUUGUCUCGAGCGGGAAGAGCAGUAAACAAGAGCUUGCCAUCGACCGAUCAUGAGCUGCUUAUGGCACAGGCAUGGUGUCAUGAAGCAGCCGAUCGGGUACGAGUCAACAUCCGCAAAAUCAACACUGAUUCGUUCGCGAAAAAUUACGGUAAAAUGUCUCAGAUUUCCAAAAAUAUCUGUGCAAGCAACGGCAUAGCGCACAACAAUCCAUUGGACAUUGAUUAAAAGAAAUCGGGGCUUCACGCACUUAUGUUUAAGUAGGUAAAUUUGAAAGCAAUGGUGAUUCGCAAUGGUUUUCUAGCGAAAAUUUAAAUUAAGGAAUCAUGAACAAUUGCGACUGAACUCACACGACUCCACUAAUGAACAAGUGAUGCAAACCCUUGAAUUGAGCGGACAUUUCUGCAAUCUUCCGAAGCGAAAUGUGUGAAAUGAUUUGGCAAGGGGGUUAUUUAGAAAAAUUUAAAGAUAUCAUCCACUAACUUAUGAUUUUAUCGGGUAAAAUCGUAGAGAUUCAUGUAUUUUUUUUACGUUUUGAUGAUGUAAAUAAGAUCACAAAGAUUAAAGUGUUUGCUUUGUAUUGAUUAAUGAAUAAAUGCACUUUAAAUUAAU